AUGCAGAUCAACAUAAGGAUUUUGUUUGUUUACUUGGCAAUCACGCUUAGCUUUUCCAGCUGUUUUCUCAACAAAGGCAGUCAAAGUAUCCCAAAAAUUGCCAAAUAUUUCGGCACGAAAGGGCGCUAUGAGGAGGUCAACCCCUAUCUUUUAGAGGACAUCUUGGCCGUCAACAAGUCCGUCCUGCGGCCUCCGUCCUCGCAAUGUCGUCCUGUUCAUCUGACUGCUAUCGUAAGACACGGCACCAGAUACCCGACGAGCAACAUCUUCAAGCACAUGCAAAAGUUGUACGCGGCGGUGAAAAGCGCCACUCCCGGGAAAGAAAGUUGGGUGUGUGAUAUCCAGAGUCAUUGGCGGAUGUGGUACCCCGAGGACACGGACGGUCGCUUGGCCCACAAAGGUGUGGACGAUCACAAACAUCUGGCGGUCAGGUUGGCCAAGCUUUUCCCCUUGCUGCUUUCUGAGGAAAACCUUCGAGGGGGAUUCAUCAAGUUUAUGAGCAGUUCUAAGCACAGGUGCAUCAACAGUACUCGCUCUUUUAUGGCCGGCCUGACAGAGCUGUGGAAUAUUCAAGAUCAGACAUUUGACUUGGAGGUAAACGACGCACUCAUGAAACAUUUCAGCCUGUGCACCAAAUUUGUGAAGGAUGUCGUCGAGAACCCCUCGGCCUUAUCGGAGGUCGACAAGUUCAAAGCAGGGCCCGAGAUGAAGAGGGUGCGGGAGAAGAUGGCCAAACAACUCACAGUCCCUUAUCAAAACAUCACAGCUGACAUGAUUGAUGCUGCUAUGAACUUUUGCGCUUAUGAGUUGGCCAUCAAGAACGUCAACUCUCCUUGGUGCGAGUCUUUGGACAAAGUCGAUGCUCAGAUAGUGGAGUAUGCUAACGACUUGAGGCAAUUCUGGAAGCGAGGCUAUGGUCAUAAAGUUAACAGAAUGUCCAGCUGUAUUCUCUUCCACGACGUGUUCAGUCGACUGGACAAAGCGGCUAGCCAGAGCAUGUCCGGCCAGAAGGUAACUGAAGCGGUGACAAUCCAAGUUGGCCACGGAGAGACCCUCCUCCCACUGUACACCCUUCUGGGCUUCUUUAAAGAUCAACAACCCUUGACAUCAACCAACUACGCAUUGCAACAUCAACGCGCUUUUCGCCCUAGCCUCACGCUACCGUACACGGCUAACCUGCUACUUGUGCUGUACGACUGUGGGCGAGGAGACUUCAGGUUGCAACCGCUCAUCAAUGAGAAACCGGUGACCUUCCCUGGUUUGACAGAGCGUCGGCCGGCAAACAUGCCAAUGUAUGAGGACGUCAAGGAACACUACAGGGAACUAAUCGGAGGCUGUGACUUCGAGAAGGAGUGUGAACUGUUCACUAGACAAAGUCAAUUUUCAAUCAAGGAUGCUUUGUAG